CUGAUAAAAACAGCCUAGUUAAGAUCAGUUACCCAUCACUUCACCUUAAAGCCCAGACCGUUUGUUUGAGUUGUUUCACUUUUACUCAAAUCGCAGAGGUAAGUGCACUUUUCGAUUUCUGAAGAAGACUGAACUUUCUACUCGCUCGCACUCAGGCUUAGCGUUUGAGAGUUUAAUACUCUAUUUUCUUGAACCCAAAUAAUGUCGCUCAAAAAGUUUUGGAAUUCAGUUGCUGGUUUUUACCUUGUAACAAGAAAGAUGAACGCUGUUAUGUUUCUAGCAAUGCUCUCAACAUCUUCACUUCUUUCAAAAAAUUGUACUAAGAAGUCUCUUUUACAGAAGAGGUUGUUUGCACAAAGUUAAGAAAAUGGAACAAAAAUGGAACUAAGUCGAAAUCCUUGAAAUUGUUUCUUUAAUUUCGUCUGACCCAUGUUGUUUCUCAUUUAUGUUAAGGCUUUUUACGGGAAACCCAGAGAUCUAGUCGUAGCUGAUUAUAGAUAUUUGUGUUUCAGGUUCUCACUUCAGAUUAGUGAUGAGUCUUGUCAUCUGCGUUUUGCUGAUCACUUCUUGUGUGACUUUCGCCAGGUAAGUAUUUAUAAACUAAAUUGAGUAGAAGAAAUUUAUUACAUGUUGAAACUCACUUUGCUUUCAGCAAUAAACCUUUUGCAAUACCUCGGUAUUGUUCAUUCUUUGAGCAUCUUUAAAACUAUUUGGUGACUUGAAUCUUUCUAGCAGCGCAAUGCGAUCAGUUUUUAAUUUACGAUUUCAUAUUUUUUUUUUUCAGCUCCGAAGAGGAGCUCUAUGGAGUUGUCAAUGAUGGUAAGUUCUACGAGCGACAUCCACCUCAAUAUGCCAGCGACAAUUGGCUGGGAUCAGCCACUUUGAUCGGCAGUGGAGAGUGGAACAGCUUCCAGUUUUUGUUCUUCCACCCAGACGGUACUUUAUAUGGUGUUCACAACGACAGGUUCUACAAAGGGCCUCCGCCUAAAGCUACCGGUACCGAUGCUGCUCAGGACUGGAUGAAUACAGCGACUCUUGUGGGCACUGGAGGAUGGCAUGUCUUCCAGUUUCUGUUUUUUGAUCCUGAAGGUAUACUCUAUGGUGUUGCCGAUGGCAAGUUUUAUCGGCGAGCCCCCCCUACACAUGGCUCAGACAACUGGCUGGGAUCUGCUACACUGGUUGGAAGUGGCGGCUGGCAAGUAUUCCAGUUCUUGUUCUUCGACCCAAUGGGAAUGCUGUAUGGCGUUGAAAGCGGCAGGUUUCACAAGAGAGAGCCGCCCACGCAUGCAGGAGACAACUGGUUGGGAUCAGCAACUCUUAUUGGUACUGGAGGCUGGAGCCAUUUCAAGCUGCUUUUUUUCCUGAAUGACGGCAAGCUGUAUGGUGUCAACAACGACAAGUUCUACAAGCGUACACCUCCUGUCCGUGGGAACGAUAACUGGCUGGGCUCUGCGGAAUUGAUAGGCUCAGGUGGCUGGUCUGUGUUUAAGUUCCUGAUGGGUCCUCUGAGGCCACCUCCAAGGUGAUUUGCAGUUAUCAUUGUUAGGUUUAUAUCCUGGUAUUGCAUUGCUUAAAGUUGCUGCGUAAAAAUUUACACGUGAGUCGCACGAAAAAGGUUUAUUUGGAGGUGUGGGUGGGGUGGGAUACUAACACCCCUAUCAAUUCAGUCCCUCCAGUUUACAAAAGAAGAUACAAGAGGGAGAGAUAAGUGUUUCCUCAGAUGCGGAUCAAAUAAUGUUACACAGAUAGACUCAAAUCUAAACAGUUCAAUGUGUACUCCAACUGAUAAGGAUGAAGAAAUAUCAAUAUAAAUAAUCUCGCCAAAACGACGUUUGACUAGAACCCAGUGAACAGCAAGACCAUGGAACAGUUUACUAUCCGCAGGAUUAACGUGGAAAUACAAACAUAUCAUGUUGAAAUUGUGUACAUCGCAAAAUAACAGCAGCUAUUUUUCCAAACCGAGGAAAGCAGAUGACCCUAUAUACCUUAGAUCGUGAUAUAACUAAACCUUACUAAAAAAAAACAAACCAAAACAAAACAAAACAAAAAAGAAAGGAGUGUCAAUUUAUUCAAGGUACUUUGAACCACACGAUGCGGUAGGUUUUGUUCCCAAUAAAUUACAACAGGAAAGAACACAUUCGAAACACCUUGCUGAAUACUUACUUUUUAAAGAAAUAUUUCUCACAAAAUAAGCUCUACUUAGUACCUACAAAAGAGUUUUGUGGAUCAGCGUGUGAGUCUAGUUGUCGUUGUUGCUGUUGGUGUUUUUUUUUAAGAUUUUGUCUCGAAAGUUUGAUAGCUCGUAAUCCGGUCAAAUGAAGGAGAAGGACGUUUUCGUAACCAUUAAUGUUUAGUAAAAAACGAAUAGAUUUGAGGUACACUUUAUUAUAAAUUUUUCCUUUUCAUCAAGACGUGAGGACAAAUUUUGAAUCGGUAAUAGACUUGAAAUUUAUGGGAAACAUGUCAGUUAAACAGUAUUUUUCCAGCUAUUCAUCGUGAUUCUCUGCCAUAAAAAGCGAAUAGAAAAUGGACCCGUCGUGAUCUUUGGUGUGCAAGAAACAAAGACAAGAAUCAAAAUGGGUGGACACAACCAAGCUUAAAUUUGUGCUCAAUAAAUAAACACGUUCUGUUGUGGGCAGUUUUAGGCCAGGUUGUUCACCAAAUCCGACUAAAUAUUUAAGGCUUCCAAGUGAAUCUUAAUGUGACACACCUUUGAGUUUACACCCGCCAUUAGUCUCCAUAGCCAUCAUUUUAAGAAUAACAUCUUUAGGUCGGUCCUACAACAUAUUUAAGUGCAAAUAGAUCAGUACUAUAUAACAGCAGUAACAGAAAUAUGGACUUCUUUUCUUCUAAACGAGAAUGGAUUAGUCGAUAAAUGUAGUCAAUUUGUAACAGCUUAGAAACUGAUUUGUUCUUUAUAGACUCUAUGGAGCUGUCAAUGAUGGUAAGUUCUACGAGCGACAUCCACCUCAAUAUGCCAGCGACAAUUGGCUGGGAUCAGCCACUUUGAUCGGCAGUGGAGAGUGGAACAGCUUCCAGUUUUUGUUCUUCCACCCAGACGGUACUUUAUAUGGUGUUCACAACGACAGGUUCUACAAAGGGCCUCCGCCUAAAGCUACCGGUACCGAUGCUGCUCAGGACUGGAUGAAUACAGCGACUCUUGUGGGCACUGGAGGAUGGCAUGUCUUCCAGUUUCUGUUUUUUGAUCCUGAAGGUAUACUCUAUGGUGUUGCCGAUGGCAAGUUUUAUCGGCGAGCCCCCCCUACACAUGGCUCAGACAACUGGCUGGGAUCUGCUACACUGGUUGGAAGUGGCGGCUGGCAAGUAUUCCAGUUCUUGUUCUUCGACCCAAUGGGAAUGCUGUAUGGCGUUGAAAACGGUAGGUUUCACAAGAGAGAGCCGCCCACGCAUGCAGGAGACAACUGGCUAGGAUCAGCAACUCUCAUUGGUACUGGAGGAUGGAACCAUUUCAAGCUGCUUUUUUUCCUGAAUGACGGCAAGCUGUAUGGCGUGCACAACGACAAGUUUUACAAGCGUACACCUCCUGUCCGUGGGAACGAUAACUGGCUGGGCUCUGCAGAAUUGAUAGGCUCAGGUGGCUGGUCUGUGUUUAAGUUCCUGAUGGGACCUCUGGGUCCUGUCUGA